AUGGGUAACAAGUGCUGCAGCCGCCGUCACGACCCCGACAGACCUUUGGUAUAUCCAGCGUACAAAAAGAACGAGGCAGGUUUCACUGCGUGUCCUUCUCUGGAGACGAGGUACACCGGCGAACCGAACAACCGGGCAGUCUCUCGAAGACCAGCUGAUAUCGUGAGGACACGGAAUCCCGGAGCAUGUAUAUCGAACGGCGGGCGUCGAGUAGUAAAGGCGCUGUGCGCCUACACCGCUCGCGCCGAAUCCGACAUCUCAUUUCGGAAGGGCGAUCGUAUGGAAGUGCUGAGCGACGCGGAGACCGAUUGGUGGAGGGUGCUGCACCUCACCACGAGGAGGGAGGGGCUGGUGCCCGCCAACUUCGUGGCUGAGGAGAGCUCUGUUGAGUGCGAAGACUGGUUCUUCCCCCACGUGUCUCGCAAGGAGGCUGACAAAUUACUCUUGGCUGAGAGCAAUCCGCGGGGCACGUUCCUUGUUCGACCCGCGGAGCACAACCCCCACGGCUUCAGCCUCAGUGUCAAAGACUGGGAGGAGGGCAGGGGUUACCACGUGAAGCACUACAAGAUAAAGCCGUUAGACAAUGGCGGAUUCUACAUAGCCACCAACCAGACCUUCCCGAGUCUGCCAGCGCUCGUUAUGUCUUAUACGAAGAACGCGCUAGGCCUCUGCCACGUGCUGGCGCGGCCCUGCCCGAAGCCCGAGCCUCAAAUGUGGGACUUGGGCCCGGAGCUAAGAGACAAGUGGGAGAUCCCGAGGGCGCAGAUCCAGCUCAUUAAGAAGCUGGGACAGGGCAACUUUGGUGAAGUUUAUUAUGGCAAAUGGUGUAAUAGCAUAGAGGUCGCCGUGAAAACGUUGCGAGAAGGAACGAUGUCGAAGCAGGCGUUCCUCCAAGAAGCCGCUAUCAUGAAGAAAUUCCGUCACAAACGGCUGGUAGCCCUAUACGCUGUAUGCUCACAGCAGGAACCCGUAUACAUAGUCCAAGAAUACAUGUGCAAGGGAUCACUACUCGAGUUCCUAAGGAACGGCGAAGGGAAAUCCUUGCACUUCGAGGACCUGGUCUACAUAGCGGCGCAAGUCGCCUCCGGAAUGGAGUACCUGGAAUCGAAGCUCCUAAUCCACAGAGAUCUAGCCGCCCGUAACGUUCUCAUUGGAGAGAACAACGUAGCCAAAAUAUGUGACUUCGGCCUCGCCAGGGUCAUAGAAGACAACGAAUACUGCCCAAAACAAGGCUCUAGGUUCCCGGUCAAGUGGACCGCCCCAGAAGCUAUUAUCUACGGAAGGUUCUCCAUCAAGAGCGACGUAUGGUCGUACGGAAUCCUACUAAUGGAACUCUUCACGUACGGCCAGAUACCAUACCCUGGUCUCCACGGCAAGGAAGUGAUAGAACAAGUGGAGAGGGGGUACCGAAUGCCCAAACCGGUGGGUCACUACCUCCCUGACGAUAUAUAUAGACUGAUGCUGCAGUGCUGGGACGCGAUCCCGGAGAAACGGCCGACCUUCGAGUUCUUGAACCAUUAUUUCGAAUCGUUUACUGUGACCAGUGAGAUACCAUAUAGAGAAGUGCAGGACUAG